GACGGGGCUCGGCAGCAGCAGUCAUCCCGGCGCGGCGAGCAGCGCAGCGGGAACAUGGCGAGCGUAGGAAACGGCACGGAGGAGUGCGGCGGCGGCGAGGAGGAAAAUUUUGAAGAUGCCUUUGAAAACAUCCCUGUGGCAUCCAAGAUGGAUCUCAAGAGUGCUCUGGAAGAAUGUUCAAUGGCACUGAACUUAUUUUUAAACAAUAAGUUCUCUCAGGCCCUGGAACUGCUUCGUCCAUGGUCUAAAGAUAGUAUGUACCAUGCCCUUGGAUACAGUACUAUUUUAGUUAUGCAAGCUGCUAUGACCUUUGAACAGCAGGAUAUACAAAUGGGAAUCUCUACAAUGAAGGAAGCUUUGCAAACCUGUCAAAGAUUCCGGAAAAGAAACACAGUGGUAGAAUCCUUGUCCAAUCUAGUUUCUAAACAGUCAGUGGAUCAACUGAGUGAAGAGGAAAUGCAUGCUGAAAUCUGCUAUGCUGAAUGCUUGCUACAGAAAGCUGCUCUCACCUUCGUACAGGAUGAGAAUAUGAUCAACUUUAUUAAAGGUGGCCUCAAAAUUAGGACGAGUUACCAAAUAUACAAAGAAUGUCAUCAGGUGCUACAGAUGACUCAAGGGAACAAAAGCAAGAAUGAAACUUAUUACCAGUUUGAAGGAGGAGUAAAACUUGGAAUUGGAGCAUUCAACUUGAUGCUGUCACUUUUACCAGGAAGGAUCCUACGACUCUUAGAAUUUAUUGGAUUUUCUGGCAAUAGGGACUUGGGCCUCGGUCAGCUACGGGAAGGAGCAUCUGGCAGCAGUUUGAGGGCCAUUCUGUGUACUUUCACCCUGUUGGUUUAUCAUACUUACGUCUCCUUAAUCCUUGGUACAGGGGAAGCCAACCUUCAAGAAGCAGACAGUCUCCUUGAACCCUACCUCCAGAAGUUUCCAAACGGUUCCAUUAUUCUGUUUUAUGCUGCCAGAAUAGAUAUACUAAAAGGAAAUUUUGAAAAGGCACAGCUGAGGUUCCAGGAAUGCAUUGCAUCCCAGCAAGAGUGGAAACAGAUUCAUCAUCUCUGUUACUGGGAACUGAUGUGGUGCUACACCUUCCAGCAGAACUGGCUUCAAGCAUAUCGGUAUGCAGACCUGCUCAGCAAAGAGAGCAGGUGGUCUAAGGCCAUAUAUGUAUUCCAGAAGGCAGCAAUUCUGUGUAUGCUCCCAGAGGAUGAUUUGAAAAGGACUGGUGAGGACAUUGUAUCUUUAUUCAGACAAGUGGAUGGCCUGAAACAGAGAAUUGCAGGAAAAUCUAUCCCAACUGAGAAGUUUGCAGUGAGGAAAGCCCGACGCUAUGCAAGUUCUCAGCCAGUGAAGCUGAUAUUACCUGCCUUGGAAAUGAUGUAUGUCUGGAAUGGCUUUGCAAUCGUGGGCAAAAGAUCAGACCUCACCGAAAACUUACUGGUAACAAUUGAAAAAGAAGAAACUGCCCUACAGAGUGAAACUGAGCACAAUGAAUACUAUAUGGAUGAUGUAUGCAUGUUGCAGUUACUGAAGGGCCUUUGCUUGAAACACUUGGGAAGACUCAUGCAAGCUGAGCUGUGUUUCAGUAAAGUAAUUCAAAGUGAGAAGCAAAUAAAAUAUGAUAGUUAUUUGGUGCCAUUCACCCUGUAUGAGAUGGGUCUUCUGUACAAAGAACGGGAUGAGAGAGAAAAAGCAAUAAGAUACAUAGAAACUGCAAAAAACAACUACAAGGAGUACUCCAUGGAGUCCAGGUUGCACUUCAGAAUUCAUGCAGCACUUGACAGCUUGAAGGUGUCACCUGCUUCUACACCUUGAAUGAGGAGGGAUGCUUUUCAUGCACACAGUAGCCUACGCAGUCUUUCUGGCAAUGUUCCCUAAUUCUGGAAAAGAAACAACCUAAUGAUUGUUUUCUGUCAUCUCUGAUUUGAGUCUGUCUUUCCUUUAGACUGUUCUUUUUCUGUAUAGCUCCUAUAUUAUAGCUACUUGAUACUUUAAAGAAAACCUUAUAUUUUGUUUGAUGAGAAUAAUUUAAUAUUUGACUUGAAUGGGGGAUAUUUGUAAAAAAAAGUUGAUGGUGCAAUAAAGCUUAAUGCAACACUUUAUUUUUUAUAUGAAAACAGAUGCUGGCUAUGCAGUGGAACUGGUGAUGAUUUUUGCAUUUUCUGAAAGUUUUGUUUUUGCAGUAUACUUGAGACCUUUCUGCCUCUGGAACAAAAAUGCAACAUCUGCAAAUAAUCUUACCCAGAUUUGGCAUACCAUAUUCUGAAAUUUGUCUGCCAGAGGAAAAAAGUAAUCAUCUUUGACUUAAUUUCAUUUUGGGAACAAAAUGAACCUGUCUGAAGUGCAAUAUUUUUACCCUGACAGAUAAAGUUAAGUAUGGAAACAGGUAUAAUGUCUUUGCAGGUCUAUUUCACUCAAAAUAAGUGCUUAUAAGGGGAUAUUUUUCAGUCAUAGAAAAAAAAAACAACAAAACUACCAUGGACAUUAAGAGAUCAUAUAUUCUGUACUCUUGCCCUGAAGCAGAAUCAACUGUCAUCAGUUGUUCCGGACAGACCCAUUUAACCUGUUUUUUUUUUUUUUUAAAAAAAAAGGACUUGCACUGUGAGAGAUUUUGUAACUUACACAGGAUGUCUUUCCCAAUGGGAAAAGGCUGCAAAAUUUUUCCUGAUGUCUACCCAAAAUAAUUCUUGGCACAAUUGAAAUUUGAAACAUCUUCCCUGUUAUAGAUCUGGGAAAAGGAUUUUUCUAACCCCCUUGUUGCUAUUCUUUGGUGUUGGACUCCAACCAAAAUAAGCUGGAAAAAAAAAAUCUCUUCCUGGUAAUGGGAAUAAUUCAUAGUAAUGGAAGUUGAUAGUGCAUCAAACAUUGAAUCCACUUCUAAACUUGGGGUUACGAAAAUAUGCAUGUUCUAAUCACAGCUUUCUACUUUUUACCAGAAAUGUGUAGUAAAAUUGAGAUACAUUUAUAAGUGCAUUUAUUUUUUCUUUUAAAGUUAAUAUAUGUGCUCAGCAGUGUCAAAUUGAGUUUCCCAUUACAUAUAUAUAUGUAUAUAUAUAAAUCAUAUAUGCAGAUUCUGCUGUCUGUUCUUAAAAAUAAGAACAUUAUUUUUAUUUAAAUAUACACUGAAUAACUUCUUUCACUAAUUCUUGCAAAGCUUGUCUAUUUCUAUAUUUUAUUAAUGCCAGUAUAUGUACUUCUGCACAGUAAAUUCAUAGUGACUGUGCUCCUGUGUCUGAUUCUCUGCCCUUAAUUCCUACUUACUAAGAAAGAGAACAAAAAAAGUAGGUGAUGAAUGUGUCUUCAGGAAAUGAAUAACUGGAAGUUCUCUAAUUAAACAAUCAAUGUAAAUGCUAUAGCUAUUCUUCUCAGGUGACCAAGAGUACAGCUUUCUUCUAUGGCUUUAUAAGUAACUGAGUAGUUUAAUUGCAUAUAAAGCUGUAAUACAGUGGUGUUCUUACAGGUGAAGUAAGAGUUUUAAAAUGCUAGCUAAAUAAACAUAAUAGGUCUUUCCAAAUAGAAACCUGAUCCAAAGUCUGUUAUCUUCCUGGAUAGGAUUUGUGCCUAUUGUAAAUGUAUAACUAAAUUUUAAUUGUGUGAGACUGUACACAUGUAGAUUUGAAGCUUAGGUAACUGAGGCACUGAAUCACUGAUAAAAUGCAGCAUGUUUAUUCUAAAUUAUAUUCUAUUAGCUGUAGCUUAAGUACAAAAGAUACUUGUCUCUUUCAGCAGUGAUUAGCAUACGCCAUCAAUGGUGUUCUCUAAUUACUUGCCCAUCUAUACAUACCUGAUUACGAGCUGUAGGCAGCAAAAAUAAAAUUAUGUACAUAAUAUUUUGAGACAAUACUUUAAAUACCUCUGGGUAUUUAUAUGUUUGGUUUAGGAAUAUGUUGGUUUAAUAUGAUUAUUGGAUUGCAGCAAGCAAAUGGGAUCGCUUCAUUUUCUAAUGAAAAACUGGUGAGGACAGCUGCUGGUAUAACUUCUGUACUUAACAUUUCAAAUAGUAAUUUGCUCUACCAAAGGGUAAAGGCUGAGACUACAGGCUCUCAAGAUGAAGCAUGAAGUAGUCUCUGAUCUUUUAUUUUUGUGAGGAGUGUCUUACAGUUAGUUUACUGGUAACUUGGAGUAGAAAUCAAGAUUAACAAAAAGUAAAGAAUGAGUUUCCUUAGAAGCUGAUUUUUUUUAAGGUUUAAUACAAAAUUGUCACGUAGCAUUGUACUUUUUUUUUUUCAGGGAUAAUAAUAGUGGCUGCAGAGAUAGUGUACGAGAACUUCUGUUCUGCCUUCCAAAGUCAAUAUUAAUGCCCUGUGUAUGUUACAAUUUGUCUCUUUUGGAGUCAACCUUUUUGCACUCCCACAGAGUGCAAGCAUAUCAGUCCAAAUUUGCAAUACCCUCUGUAGUGUUUUGAUGCCCUGAUGUCCCCAGCAUAAGUAACUAUUUACAUCUUGUCUCCUAUUCUGUGCUAUUAUUCCAAGCUUGUUUGUUAGAAAGCCUGACUGAUCAAGAUUCUAGGCUCUUUUUCUGGAUUUUUUUUCUGUCUUACUAACACUGGAAAUAUGGAUGUAUGAGAGUGAAUUUUUAACCCCUCACUUAAGUUAAGUCUCACUUGAGCUGUAGAGAGACUUUGUCUUCCAACCACUGCAGAAGAAGCACAUGUCUUCCUGACACAGUGCGUCAUUGAUGCAGUAUUACUUAGUCCAUUAUGCCUAAAUUAAGUGAUUGUGGUGGCUACCAGGUUGGACAGAAAGUCGAUGGCUUUUUUUUUUUUUUUUUUUUUUUUUUUUUUAACCUGCUGUAUACUGUACUGGGCCUUAAAUACAACCCUGAUUUAGUCUUGCUGCUCUUUAUAAUCUACACCUCACUUGCUUGUGUUCCAUAGGAGUGUUGAGUAGUGUGCUGAAGCUUUGAGCAAAUAUGAACAUUUACCUAUGAUGCUAUAACCUCCAUUGAUAAUAGAAAAAUUAUAGUAUAUACAAGAAAAAAGCUAAGUCCUUAGUUUAAGCAAGCAAGGCUAAACUUACAUAGUUACAAAAGAAAGUGAUUCUGCUCUUUCUGGUAAUAGAUGUAUAUUUUUUUAAGGUUAGGAAUUAUAAAGUAGCCUGGUUAUAAGACAAAGCUUCUCUUUGAUUAAAAAUUGUCUAUUUAGCAAGUAUUACCAAAAAAUUCUUGUCAGUAUGUAUCGUUCACAUGUUUAAUCUGUUGGUGAAACAUCAUUGUAUUAUGGUUUUUAAGUCCUAGCUCACCACUUUUUAACAUAAAUUGAAUGAAAAUAAAGGUUAAAAGAAAGCUUAUUAAA